UACAAACGAAGAAGAACCCAAAAAGCCAGCAAUUAAAUUGGAACCGAGAGAGAAGAAAAUAGAAAGAAAAGCAAAAAAAAAAAAAAAAGCAUCUGAGAAGAAGUGAGAGAGAUGGAGAAAAGAAAGGUUGUGAUGUGUGGUGUGUUAUCUCUUCUGGCUUUAUUAUCAGCUAUUACUGCCUUCUCUGCUGAAGCUACCAAAAUCAAGAAAUCUCAGGUCAAGGUUACCAAAUUGGGUUCACUCACAAGAUGCUCUUAUCCAAGAAGUCCAGCUUACGAUCUCGGCUUCACUUCAGCUAUUUUUCUAAUGAUGGCUCAGAUAAUCGUGAGCGUCGGAAGCGGUUGUUUCUGUUGUAGAAAAGGUCCUGCUCCUUCCAGAUCUCAUUGGAUUAUUGCCUUAACCUGCUUCGUUGUUUCCUGGUUUACUUUUGUGGUAGCUUUCCUCGUGCUGCUAACUGCAGCUGCACUCAACGAUGAACACACCGAGGAGACAAUGUAUGCCGGUAACUACUUCUGCUACAUUGUGAAACCGGGCGUUUUCUCUACCGCUUCUGUGCUUUCACUUUUCACUAUAGCCCUCGGGAUUGUCUACUAUCUAUGUUUGACUUCGAGUAAGCAAAAUGUUGCUGACACAACGACGGUGGCGAACCAAGGAGGAGGAAUAGCAAUGGGACAGCCUCAGAUUCCGGAGAGAGUAGAAGAUCCUGUCUUUGUUCAUGAAGAUACUUACAUGAGAAGACAAUUCACUUGAACACUGCACAAGGCUUGCUUGUGAUACACGUUAGGGUUUAGGAGGAUAUCUAGAAUCUAGAUAGAAUGAAGAAACGCUCUUUUGUUUGUUUUAACUUUAUGAUUCGUGUGAAAACAAAGAUUAUGAAAACUUGGUUAAUGAUAAUUAAUGUUGUUGGAAUUUUGAAAUCCCGAACAA